AUGGAUGACGAGAACCAGGCAGCAAAUGAGCGCGAGGAAACGUGGAUGGAGCUGCAAUCCGACUGGGAGGCAAUGGAACAGGAUAUGCAGACGGAGAUCCAAAGGACGCCGCAGCGCAUGCAGCGGCUGGGCAUCCCGCCGCAGGGCAUGCCGCCGCUGGGCACCCCGCCGCUGGGCACCCCGCCGCUGGGCACCCCGCCGCUGGGCACCCCGCCGCUGGGCACCCCGCCGCUGGACACCCCGCCGCUGGGCACCCCGCGGCUGGGCAUGCCGCCGCUGGGCAUGCUGCAGCCGAGCAUCCUGCAGCAGCUGGCGGCGCGCACGUUACGCAGCCGCCAAUUCCGGGCCAGCCAGAGCACCUGGAUGAUUUGA